UUUCAAAUUCUUUUCUCCAUGGCGGCCUCUUCCUCGCCUUGAAUUACUGAUAGUCGGAGUAGACUCAACACAGAUACCCACCCGAAACCAAACAAUGCAUUAUGCGACAAGGUCCAACUGCCAAAAGUCUGUCAACAGAUCAUUAGGCGUGCAGAACAAAAGGAUUCAGGCAUCCUGCCGGUCGAGGAUGGAGGGGUUACCAUGGACUGCAGAACGAGGUGGGAGAACCGCAGACGGGGAACUGCAGUCCCCGCUCCCAUCAGUGUGCGCGGCACUGCCGGUGGUUGUACCCGUAACCCGACUUGUUGGCAAACUUUUUCUCGGGCAUCGCUUUGGUGCGUGCCAAGGACGACGGAUCUGCUUAGCGCUGCGGAUGUUGCUCUCACCGCCCCAGGUAAAAGAAAAGAAUCGGCCGAGUUCAUCUCAUGGAAGGGAGAGGGAAAAAAAGGGAAUGAAACAUAAAAUCAAGAGAGAGAGAGAGAGGGAAUGGGUGAGACAGUACCUUAUGCGGCAGGUGUAUCUUCCCUUAUCUUUUCCCACAGAAUCUGAAAACGGAUCGCGCUCGGAUCAAGCGUGCUUGGCUUUAACCCAAACCGGAGGACUGCAUGGUUACUCUGAGGAUCAUCUUUAUGACAGCCGUAAAAAUAAAUUGGAUGCUGAAUAUGGCAGUACAGAUUGGUCGGGGCAAUUAUUUUGGCCUCCACUGGACUAGGGUUUUGCCGCUGUUGGGCUGCUGGGCAUUUUGAUCUAAACCCCUCCGUCGUUGAUCAUUACAUAUGCGGAAACCCCACGGACUGGAGAUAAUUUGAAAUACGUAGCUGCUCAAAUGGUGGAGACAAAAAUUCAAAAACUGACUGGUUGAGAUAAUCUAUAUAAAAGAAAAUAGAAAACUCAAACGGAGAACAGGGGAAAACAAUUAACGAAGAGCGUCUAUGAAAAUGAGAACAGGUCGAAU